AUGGCGAACAGGAAGGAUUGCUACAUUCCGAGGCCACUCACAACAUCCGACAUACCAACAUGCGCACGCAUCGCUGGACUGGCCUUUGAAUUUGAUCGGCAAACACAAUUCAAGGCGCGAAGUCUACUGAACCCUUAUGAUCAUGAAGCAGGAAUGCAAGAUGCCUUGGCCUACUGGCUCAGCCAAGCUCCAGGAACGAUGGACAUCACAGUCGCUGAAGACCCAUCAACAAAAUCUGUGAUCGGCUGGGUUGCCUGGGUCUAUCGUGGCUUUAACUCUGCCGAAGGUCACGCACGACGGGAAAGGGAGCUGAAGCAGCUCGAGGACAUCCAUGCCGAGGGCAGGCAAAUUGCUAGACCAACGUCGCCGGUGGUGGAAUCUGUAACAUCCGAAAAGUCAGCGCGGGCCAGACUCGAGCAAUACACAGGCGACCAUCUCAAGGUCUGGAUGGAACGUCUCAUGCCUCUCGGGACCAAGUGCAUGUAUAUUUCCAGUAUAGUCGUGCGUCCUUCCCAUCAAGGCAAAGGGGUAGGCUCGGCACUGAUUCAUCGAGGUACGGCCCGAGCAGAUGAGGAAAACGUAUUCUGCUGGGUGCAUGCUAGUGAAGUUGGCACAGUGGCAUUUGAGCGCCAAGGAUUCAAGACUAUAGGAAAGCUGGAACUCGAUCUCGAUCGCUGGAACACAGAGGGCAUCGUGCCUCCCGAUGGUUCGCGAUGGGGGAUGUACACCUUCAAUUACAUGCGAAGAGACGCUCGUUAG